AUGGCCAUUCGAGAAUCCUUCCGCCGGGUCUUGCGCCGAUCCGAUGAAUCCGACGCCUCCUCCCAAGCAGACUCAACCACCAUCGCUUCCUCAUCCAGCAAAACUUCCGUCUCGUCCAAGUCAUCUGGAUCGCGUCUGACGCGUACACGAACAUGGACCUGGGGUUCCAACAACAAGCAGACCCAGGAAGCCGCCCAGGAACGCAAGGCCAAGAGCAAGCCGAAGAAGCGCAUCGUCCACCCGAGCGAGAAGCCCCUUACGGAGCAGAACCUGCGUCAUCAAGAGAUGCUAUCGCAAUUCACCUGGACCUUCGGUGCAUCCAAGCCGGAUCAGGUUGAAAGCGACAGCUUCAUCGGCAUCAGCCCCUGCUGCACCCGAACACCCAGCCUCGCCGACUACGACCCCAGCGGCGAUAGCGAUGGCUCAUCGUCAUCUCAGGACUCUUAG